GACCCAACUAGGAUUCUGAACACAAAUAGCGGCAGUAGUAGUAACAGUUUUUCAAAGACCCACAAGUUAGCAAAGGAGCACAAGGAAAAAACUUCUAAAGACUCAAAAGAACAUAAAAGUGCCUUCAAAGAACCUUCCAGGGAACACACCAAAACUUCCAAAGAAUCCUCUAAGAAACCCAAAGAAAACAAACCACUAAAAGAAGAAAAAGUAGUUCCUAAGAUGGCCUUCAAGGGACCCAAACCCAUGUCCGUGUCCAAGGAGCCAAAAUCUGAAAACACCCCCAUCCUUACCAUAACAGGUGGGCAGCAGCAAGAAAAGAAGACCCCCACAAAAAGGCCCUCUGUUCUGGACUCUGAACCUUCUGCAAAAAAAAGGAAAAAAAGUGGCUCAGAUUCAUUAUUUAGAAGUUUUUCUAAUGCCCCACCACUGAUUCUUACUUGUUCAGCUGACAAAAAACAGACUAAGGAUAGAUCUCAGCUCAAGGUGGGGAAAGUCAAAAUUGAAAAUGAUGCAUUGGAAAGGAAGACGCCAACUCUGCCACCAUUUGAUGAUAUUGUAGAUCCCAAUGAUUCUGACAUGGAGGAAAACAUGUCCUCCAAAUCUGAAUCUGAACAGCCCAGUCCUGCCAGUUCCAGCUCCAGUUCCAGUUCCAGUUUUACACCAUCUCAAAAGAGCAGACAACAAGGUCCAUUGAGGUCUAUAAUGAGAGAUCUGCAUUCAGAUGAUAAUGAAGAUGAAUCAGAUGAAGUAGAUGAGAAUGACAAUGAUUCUGAGUUGGAACCACCUGUAAACACAGGAGGAGGAGGCAGGAGUCCCAGGGUUAGUCUGAGUAAUGGCAGUGACAGUGACAGCAGUUCAGCUUCCUCACCACUACAUCAUGAACCAGCACCACCUUUACUGAAAUCCAACAACAACCAG